AUGAGCGGACUGGGGGACAACUCCAUGGAGCCUCUGAGCUCGGAAAACCGAAAACGCAAGCUCUCCACCUGCGACACGCCUGGUCUUGGGUGAGUAGGGGCUGGUGUUAGGCCAUGGGAUGGGGGUAUUUGGGGAUUUUCUUUUUUGGGGUUAUGUAAAAUAAGCAUACAAAUACAAAUAUAUUUUGUCAAGUCAGAUGAUACAUUUUUGUUCAUACAUUUUAUGAAUUAACUUCCAAAUUUACAUUCAAACAGGGUGUAGCCUUUUUACUGUAGCCUACUGUAGGUCAACCCUGGUUCUGAGUCAGGAGAUCUCUAGUAGCCGUAAUCAUUCACUUUAAAAGUUUCUUAGCUACGCUACAGUUUGAAAGUAUCUAGACAUUAGAGUGUCUAGUUUGAGAAACAGGCGCCUCACAGGUCCUCAACUGGCAGCUUCAUUAAAUAGUACCCGCAAAACACCAGUCUCAACGUCAACAGUGAAGAGGUCGACUCCAGAAUGCUGACCUUCUAUGCAGAGUUGCAAAGAAAAAGCCAUAUCUCAGACUGGCCAAUAAAAAGAAAAUAUUAAGAUGGGCAGUCUGAGAUAUGGCUUUUUCUUUGCAACUCUGCCUAGAAGGUCAGCAUUCUGGAGUCGCCUCUUCACUGUUGACGUUGAGACUCGUGUUUUGCGGGUACUAUUUAAUGAAGCUGCCAGUUGAGGACCUGUGAGGCGCCUGUUUCUCAAACUAGACACUCUAAUGUAUUUGUCCUCUUGCUCAGUUGUGCACCGGGGCCUCUCACUCCUCUUUCUAUUCUGGUUAGAGCCAGUUUGCGCUGUUCUGUGAAGGGAGUAGUACACAGCGUUGUACGAGAUCUUUAGUUUCUUGGCAAUUUCUCGCAUGGAAUAGCCUUCAUUUCUCAGAACAAGAAUAGACUGAUGAGUUUCAGAAGAAACUUAUUUGUUUCUGGCCAUUUUGAGCCUGUAAUCGAACCCACAAUUGCUGAUGCUCCAGAUUCUCAACUAGUCUCAAGAAGGCCAGUUUUAUUGCUUCUUUAAUCAGCGCAACAGUUUUCAGCUGUGCUAACAUAAUUGCAAAAGGGUUUUCUAAUGAUCAAUUAGCCUUUUAAAAUGAUAAACUUGGAUUAGCAAACACAACGUGCCAUUGGAACACAGGACUGAUGGUUGCUGAUAAUGGGCCUCUGUACGCCUAUGUAGAUAUUCCAUAAAAAAUCAGCAGUUUCCAGCUACAAUAGCCAUUUACAACAUUAACAGUGUCUACACUGUAUUUCUGAUCAAUUUGAUGUUAUUUUAAUGGACAAAAAUAUGGCUUUUCUUUCGAAAACAAGGACAUUUCUAAGUGACCCCAAACUUUUCAAUGGUAGUGUAUGUAGAAUUAAUGUAUACAUUCAUACCUGAACUAGAGAAUGGUUGUAGGGUGAAAAAGCCACAUGCCCCAGAAUGCUUUACUAUAAAUAACGCAGAGACUGCUCAGAUUCGCUAACCAUGGACAUGUAGAGACAAGUUAUUUGGAAAUAGGCCAACUUCCUUGAAUACACUGGGUGUACCAGGUUCAUAUUCAGUAAGGCAUGCAAUGAAAAAGGGUUUAAAACAUUUUGCAAUGGAAAACAAAAACAAGCAUUUCUUAUUGGACAGUUUCAGGUAAUCCCUCCCUGUUUCAGUCCAUUUUCUUGUGUUUGAAUGCAACCCUGAUGAAACAAUGGUAAAUAAUAAUGGUGAAUAGCAGUAGUAAAACACAGUGGCACCCCCUGUAGGUGUGAGCGAAGGCGGCGGGAGCAGGAGAGUAAAUACAUUGAGGAGCUGGCCGAACUGAUCUCUGCCAAUCUCAGUGACAUCGACAGCUUCAACGUCAAGCCAGACAAGUGUGCUAUCCUCAAGGAGACGGUGCGGCAGAUCAGACAGAUCAAGGAGCAGGGUGAGUAGACACACACACUGUAGCGGGGGCUAACCCAUUAGUAAUAUCUAUCACUUUAUCACUGACUACACAGUACCACUGCUAGACAUGGCUAUCUCAGAACCAGUACUGUGGAUAUGUCAGAAAAAGCACCCUAUUCCCUAUGUAGUGCACUACUUUUGAUCAGAGCCUGUGGACUGGACUAAUACUAAACCCAACACCAUUACUUCCAUCAUGUCACCCCGAAAUCUGUGGCUCCCAAUGUUGUUAGUGCACCUAAAGCCUUUGGAGUGUUGUUGGCCUUGAUGGUAGCCUUGCAGAUGUGAACAUAGCACUGGAGUAGCACUGGAAAGCCAGCUGGGCUAAGAGGGAGGCAGUAAGAGCUAAUAGUAUAGAGCAAGUCUGUAAGAGGUCUGGAGCACUGGCUGUGUUUCUCCCCCAGAGCAGCUGAGGAGAGGAGAGGAGAGGAGAGGAGAGGAGAGGAGAGGAGAGGAGAGGAGAGGAGAGGAGAGGAGAGGAGAGGAGAGGAGAGGAGAGGAGAGGAGAGGAGAGGAGAGGAGAGGAGAGGAGAGGAGAGGAGAGGAGGAUCUCAAUUGCAUACUCCUCGCGUCCUCUCUCCUCUCCGCGCCUCCUUCUCAAAACCCAUUAGAUAUGGUCAUUUUCACAUUUUCAUAAAUUCUUAGAAUGUUUGGGAAUUACAGUUGAAGUCGGAAGUUUACAUACACUUAGGUUGGAGUCAUUAAAAAUAAUUAUUCAACCACUCAACAAAUUUCUUGUUAACAAACUAUAGUUUUGUAAAGUCGGUUAGGACAUCUACUUUGUGCAUGACACAAGUAAUUUUUCCAACAAUUGUUUACAGACAGAUUAUUUCACUUAUAAUUCACUGUAUCACAAUUCCAGUGGGUCAGAAGUGUACAUACACUAAGUUGACUGUGCCUUUAAACAGCUUGGAAAAUUCCAGAAAAUGAUGUCAUGGCUUUAGAAGCUUCUGAUAGGCUAAUUGACACCAUUUGAGUCAAUUGGAGGUGUACUUGUGGAUGUAUUUCAAGGCCUACCUUCAAACUCAGUGCCUCUUUGCUUGACAUCAUGGGAAAAUCAAAAGAAAUCAGCCAAGACCUCAGAAAAUAAAUUGUAGACCUUCACAAGUCUUGUUCAUCCUUCGGAGCAAUUUCCAAACGCCUGAAGGUACCACGUUCAUCUGUACAAACAAUAGUACGCAAUUAUAAACACCAUGGGACCAUGCAGCCGUCAUACCGCUCAGGAAGGAGACGCGUUCUGUCUCCUAGAGAUGAACGUACUUUGGUGCGAAAAGUGCAAAUCAAUCCCAGAACAACAGCAAAGGACCUUGUGAAGAUGCUGGAGGAAACGGGUACAACAGGAUCUAUAUCUACAGUAAAAAGAGUCCUAUAUCGACAUAACCUGAAAGGCCGCUCAGCAAGGAAGAAGCCACUGCUCCAAAACCGCCAUAAAAAAGCCAGACUACGGUUUGCAACUGCACAUGGGGACAAAGAUCGUACUUUUUGGAUGUCCUCUGGUCUGAUGAAACAAAAAUAGAACUGUUUGGCCAUAAUGACCAUCGUUAUGUUUGGAAGAAAAAGGGGGUGGCUUGCAAGCCGAAUAACACCAUCCCAACCGUGAAGCACGGGGGUGGCAGCAUCAUGCUGUGGGGGUGCUUUGCUGCAGGAGGGGCUGGUGCACUUCACAAAAUAGAUGGCAUCAUGAGGAAGGAAAAUUAUGUGGAUAUAUUGUCUCAAGACAUCAGUCAAGAAGUUAAAGCUUUUUCGCAAAUGGGUCUUUCAAGCAUAAUUCCAAAGUUGUGGCAAAAUGGCUUAAGGACAACAAUGUCAAGGUAUUGGAGUGGCCAUCACAAAGCUCUGACCUCAAUCCUAUAGAAGAUUUGUGGGCAGAACUGAAAAAGCGUGUGCGAGCAAAGACGCCUACAAACCUGACUCAGUUACACCAGCUCUGUCAGGAGGAAUGGGCCAACAUUCACCCAACUUAUUGUGGAAGGCUACCCUAAACGUUUGACCCAAGUUAAACAAUUUAAAGGCAAUGCUACCAAAUACUAAUUGAGUGUAUGUAAACUUCUGACCCACUGGGAAUGUGAUGAAAGAAAUAAAAGUUGAAAUAAAUCAUUCUCUCUACUAUCAUUCUGUCAUUUCACAUUCUUAAAAUAAAGUGGUGAUCCUAACUGACCUAAGACAGGGAAUUUUUACUAGGAUUAAAUGUCAGGAAUUGUGAAAAACUGAGUUUAAAUGUAUUUGGCAUUUAUAUAAGGCAUUAUAUAAGGCAUUUCUGAAAAUUCUAUAGUAAUAUAGAGUGGGAAAGUGGCCAUGUGUUUGGACGAUUAACAGACACUGGAGUAAAAAAAAUCUGUCUUUUCCAGGACCGGAGUCUACACAGACCGGUGCGCUAAACCAAUCAGAGCUUCAGUAGGCCUUUAUACAAACAAGCCAUUUGCCACACAGGCCUGCCAUCAUUCACUUUGAACUGGGCUGUGUAUUUACAGGCAGUUGCAACAGCACGACUUUAGAUCAUUAGAAUGGAUUCGCCAAAAGCCACAAAAUACACCAGAAUGGAUUUCUGCAAAUAUGUAAACACCACGAGAGUCCUCUUACAUUUGGGAACUUUACAGUCCUAUUGAUCAAUCAGCCAUGAAAAGGUAGGCUCUCUCUCCCUCAGUUAUGCACAUCAACAAGAUCAACAACUAAUGCUAGCCAGAGCAAGAUGAGCUCAAAUCUUACGAAGGAACAUUAGAUAAACCCUCUCAAACUUUUACAGCUAGUUGGCCAUCAAAAUUGCACUGAUAAACAAUGGGGGAAUUGUAGCCUCCUCGUCCUUCUGCAGCUUGGACCUGCCAAUGCAUGCUUGUCCCAACCAAGCACCCAAGCUAACUGGCUAAGGUUGGCAAGCUUGCUAGCUAGCUACUUCCAGACACAAAUGAGAGAACACCUCACCCUAACCAGAGCUGGUUAGGCUGUUUACAUGUUAUCUGGAGCAGUCUUGACUAACUAUUACAUUUUUUGCCUACGUUUACUGACACCGGUCAUAUUCAGCGGGUGUUGCUCAUUCGUAAAUUCAUCAGUUGUUGUGCUCUGAAAGCGGAGUAGAUGGCCAGAGUGAAUUUGCGAACACAAGAGAUAUACUAACUUGAUAACAGUCGUUCAUGUUCUUGCUAGCUUAACAAAUGACACCUGUUAUCUCUAGCUGUGUAUAGCCACCAAAAAACUAUAUGAGGGGAAAAAGUCAGUCACUUGUCCACUCCUCCAAUGGCAUGACAUGACAUCCUCCUAGCAGCUAGCUAGCUAUCUAGCUAACGUUAGGCUCCGUGUUUUUAGCUUGCUACAUAAAUAGAUAUGCUAGCCUAUUAACCACGUUAUGACUGACUUGUGAUCAUUGCCCUUGCUAGUUUGAUUGUAUUGAUAUUCCCAGCCUUAGUUACAUUCGUCCGUUUUUCUCCAGAAUAUUGAGUCAUUGAAACAGUGCAUCCCGAAUGGAGGCACCAAACAAUGUACCAGGCCAGCUGUGAUUUACAACCUGAUAGCAAUAUUUUUUGGACUACCAAGAAAUGUAUUGGUGAAUUAUAUUAAUCAUGCAUUGAACUGCAUCCAUUUUGUAGCAUAAACUGGAAAUCAGAUAUUUUUGUCUGUUACUAUGAUUUUGUUUCAUAUCUGCAAAGUAGUUAAAACGCUGUCAGUUUCACUUUAAAUUGUAGGUCACCGGUUACUUUGUGUGCGAAACAUGAAAUGUUUUUUGUAAUGGGAAGUAAUAGUUGUAAGUUUCGAUUGGGAAAUGGCUUAACGGUUUGUGUUUUUGUAUUCUUAUGAUUGGGACCUACUGGCUUAUUAUGUCCAAGUUGAUGGACUGCUUAUCCUUUAAAUCAAUCAAAUUUUAUUUGUCACAUGCGCCGAAUACACAGGUGUAGACCAUACCGUGAAAUGCUUACUUACAAGCCCUUAACCAACAAUGCAAUUCAAGAAAUAGAGUUAAGAAAAUAUUUACUAAAUAAACUAAAGUAAAAAAUAAAAUAAAAAGUAACACAAGAAAAUAAUGAGGCUAUAUACAGGGGGUAAAUAGUCUGGGUGGCCAUUUGAUUAAUUGUUCAGCAGUCUUAUGGCUUGGGGGUAGAAGCUGUUAAGGAGCCUUUUGGACCUAGACUUGGCACUCCGGUACCGCUUGCCAUGCGGUAGCAGAGAGAACAGUCUAUGACUUGGGUGACUGGAGUCUUUGAAAAUAUUUUGGGCCUUCAUCUGACACCGCCUAGUAUAUAGGUCCUGGAUUGCAGGAAGCUUGGCCACAGUGAUGUACUGGGCCGAACGCACUACGCUCUGUAGCGCCUUAUGGUCAGAUGCCGAGCAGUUGCCAUACCAGGCGGUGAUGCAACUGGUCAGGAUGCUCUCGAUGGUGCAGCUGUAUAACUUUUUGAGGAUCUGGGGACCCAUGCCAAAUCUUUUCAGUCUCCUGAGGGGGAAAAGGUGUUGUCGUGCCCUCUUCACGACUUUCUUGGUGUGUUUGGACCAUGAUAGUUUGUUGAUGAUGUGGACACCAAGGAACUUGAAACUCCUGACCCGCUCCACUACAGCCCCGUCGAUGUGAAUGGGGGCGUUUGGCCAUCCUUUUCCUGUAGUCCAUGAUCAUCUCCUUUGUCUUGCUCACGUUGAGGGAGAGAUUGUUGUCCUGGCACCACAUGGCCAGGUCUCUGACCUCCUCCCUAUAGGCUGUCUCAUCGUUGUCAGUGAUCAGGCCUACCACUGUUGUGUUUUCAGCAAACUUAAUGAUGGCAUUGGAGUCGUGCUUGGCCACGCAGUUGUGGGUGAACAGGGAGGGGACUAAGCACUCACCCCUGAGGGGCCCCGUGUUGAGGAUCAGCGUGGCAGAUGUGUUGUUGCCUACCCUUACCACCUGGGGGUGCCCCGUCUGGAAAUCCAGGAUCCAGUUGCAGAGGGAGGCGUUUAGUCCCAGGGUCUUUAGCUUAGUGAUGAGCUUUGUGGGCACUAUGGUGUUGAACGCUGAGCUGUAGUCAAUGAACAGCAUUCUCACAUAGGUGUUCCUUUUGUCCAGAUGGGAAAGGGCAGUGUGUAAUGCGAUUGCGUCAUCUGUGGAUCUGUUGGGGCGGAAUGCGAAUUUGAGUGGGUUUAGAGUUUCUGGGAUGAUGGUGUUGAUGUGAGCCAUGACCAGCCUUUCAAAGCACUUCAUGGCUACCAACGUGAGUGCUACGGGGCGGUAGUCAUUUACGCAGGUUACCUUCGCUUUCUUGGGCACAGGGACUAUGGUGGUCUGCUUGAAACAUGUUGGUAUUACAGAUUCGGUCAGGGAGAGGUUGAAAAUGUCAGUGAAGACACUUGCCAGUUGGUCCGCGCAUGCUCUGCGUACAAAUCCUGGUAAUCAGUCUGGCCCCGCGGCCUUGUGAAUGUUCACCUGUUUAAAGGUCUUGCUCACAUCGGCUACGGAGAGCGUGAUCACACAGUCGUCUGGAACAGCUGGUGCUCUCAUGUAAGCUUCAGUGUUGCUUGCCUCGAAGUGAGCAUAAAAGGCAUUUAGCCCGUCUGGUAGGCUUGCGUCACUGGGCAGCUUGCGGCUGGGUUUCCCUUUGUUGUCCGUAAUAGUUUGCAAGCCCUGCGACAUCCGACGAGCUUCAGAGCCGGUGUAGUAGGAUUCAAUCUUAGUCCUGUAUUGAUGCUUUGCCUGUUUGAUGGGGACAUAGUGGGAUUUUUAUAAGCGUCCGGAUUAGUGUCCCACUCCUUGAAAGCGGCAGCUCUAGCCUUUAGCUCGGUGCGGAUGUUGCCUGUAAUCCAUGGCUUCUGGUUGGGAUAUGUACGUACGGUCACUGUGGGGACAACGUCGUCGAUGCACUUAUUGAUGAUGCCGGUGACUGAGGUGGUGUACUCCUCAAUGCCAUUGGAUGAAUCCCGGAACAUAUUCCAGUCUGUGCUAGCAAAACAGUCCUUUAGCGUAGCAUCCGGGUCAUCUGACCACUUCCGUUUUGAGCGAGUCACUGGUACUUCCUGCUUUAGUUUUUGCUUGAAAGCAGGAAUGAGGAGGAUAGAAUUAUGAUCCGAUUUGCCAAAUGGAGGGUGAGCGAGAGCUUUGUAUGUGUCUCUGUGUGUUGAGUAAAGGUGGUCUAGAGUUUUUUUUCCUCUGGUUGCACACCAGUCUCAACGUCAACAGUGAAGAGGCGACUCCGGGAUGCUGACCUUCUAGGCAGAGUUGCAAAGAAAAAGCCAUAUCUCAGACUGGCCAAUAAAAAGAAAAGAUUAAGAUGGGCAGUCUGAGAUAUGGCUUUUUCUUUGCAACUCUGCAUGUAAAUGUGAUAUUUCAGUUCUUUAAAUUAUUUUUGUAAAAACCAAUUUUUCCUUUGUCAUUAUGGGGUAUUGUGUGUAGAUUGAUUAGGGAAAAAAAACAAUUUAAUCAAUUUUAGAAUAAGGCUGUAACCUAACAAAAUGUGGAAAAAGUUAAAGGGGUCUGAAUACUUUCCGAAGGCACUGUAUUUGGCCUGGCAAAGCGGUUUUAUGCGCUGACUGAAUGGAAUCUGAUAAUUAUGAGUUUUUUACUCCGCUGGUCUCGGGAAGAAAUUACGAGUCCUCACUGUCCGAGACCGAGUCAAGACCGAGUACAGAUGUAUCCAACACCGAGACAUGACCGAGACACUCAAUAUGUGGUCUCGAGACCGGUCCGAGACCGGUCUUGAGUACUACAACAAUGACUAUUAUAGUACUUUUGAGCGGGUUUCAUUCCUCCAUUGGAUUGGCACUGGUUGGGGGACCAGCAGGGAGUAGAAGGCUGAAGUUGGCCCUAGCAGACACUGAUCUGAGGUCAGUUUAGUGUCCUAGAUCUAUCCGAGCCUAAUGAAGUGGGUGGGAGAUGGGGCAGAGACUGAGGCGGGGGGAGGUGACAGUCGGUCUCUGCCACCUCAACAGGAAGGGGAAGAGGGUACAGCUGGCGCUGACUCGCUGGAGACAGGUUGCCAUAGUUACCGGAAGUGAAUAAUGAAGUGGCAUUAGGUUUCACUUUUUACCCCUCUGUCUGUCUCUCUUUCUCUCUCUAUUUGUCCUCACCCUCUCUCUCUUUCUCUUUCUUCCUCCCUUUCUCCCUCACACUCUUUCUCUCUCUUUCUCUCUCUGUCUCUUACUUUCUCUCUAUCUCUUUAUCUUUCUGUCAACCUCUACUCUUGUCUCUCCUCUCUCCUCCUUCCACUUCUUUCCAGCUUUCCAUUUUGGCCUCAUCUGUAUUUCUGUCCAAUAAAGUGUAGCAUCCUCAGGUUGCUCCUAGCAUCUUAAGAUAUUGUGGGAACCACUGGAGCAUAUCUUCCUCUCUCUCCCUCCCUCUGCCUAACCUAACCCCUCUUCUUCUCUGUUCGAACCAACAGAUCUCCCUGGACGACCUUUCAGUCUCUAUCUCUACCAACCCCCCGGAUAUCUCUCGCUCGCUCGCUCUCUCUUAUCUUCGUCUCUCAGCUAUCUCUCGUCCUCUCUCUCUCUCUCUCUAUCUGUCUCUCUCUCUGUCUCUCUCUCGGUCGCUCUCUCUGUUUCUCUCUCUGUCUCUCUGUGCUCUAUGCUUAAAUCUCUAUCGACUCUCUCUCUCUGUCCUCUCUCUCUCUCUCUCUUGUAUCUCUCUCUGUCUCUCUCUGUCUCUCUCUCUCUCUCUGUCUCUCUCUCUCUCUCUCUCUCUCUCCCUUCAGAGCGGGGCUGGUGGCAGGCAGCAGUGGCUGUGUUUCUUUGUGUUUGCUCUCUCUCCCCCCUGGGACCUAAUCAGAUGGAAUGAUUCCUGUAGCCUGGCUCCAGACAGCCUCAGCAUUAAUACUGCUGCUGCCUAGUGCCUGCCUGGGUCUCUGCCUGCCUGCCUACCAACCAGUCCCUCUUGAGUCUCACGCUGAAUAUUAAGCAUGGAGGCAGGAAGGAAGGAAGGAAGGCUGUUACCUAGUGCACACCAUACACUACACUACACUGCUCUGGUCUACACCCAGCCAUGGUCUGGUCUCAGCCCCAUCGCUCCUUAGAGAAACCUGCAUACGGAUGUUGCUCACCUUAACUGGUGCUUUGUGUGGACGGAAAGAUUAGAAACGCUGACCCCUGGUGGUUGUUGGAGCUCUUAGAUUUGAAUGUUGAGUUACACAGAUCUGUGUUUAGUGUUAACGCCUUUCACAGCUCAGCUCUUCGUUCUUGAAAUGUUUUCUUAUUCGCACACACACUUGCACAGGAGAUGUGUGUUACUUUGUACUUGUUUGUAGACUGAGGUAUAUAUGACUGAACUCUCUCCUCCCUCCAUCCAGGCAAAGCGUCCUCCAACGAUGACGAUGUCCAGAAGUCAGAUGUGUCCUCCACGGGACAGGGGGUCAUCGACAAGGACCACCUGGGACCGCUCCUGCUGCAGGUGAGGUUAAAGGUCACGACUCUCCUCUUUGAUUGGCUGGCUGUACUGUCUGGCAUCUUAUUGGCCUGUUGUACUGACUGUUCAUGUGUUCUCCCUCUGUCCUCAGGCCCUGGAUGGCUUUUUAUUUGUGGUGAACCGGGAGGGCAGCAUAGUGUUUGUGUCUGACAACGUGACCCAGUACCUGCAGUACAAACAGGAGGAGCUCAUCAACACCUCCGUCUACAACAUCCUCCAUGAGGACGACAGGGAAGAGUUCCACAAGAACCUGCCCAAGACCAACGGUACGACACGCUCGCACUCACGGCAUACACACACACACACACACAUGCGAACAUACGCACACACACACACUCUCUUUGCAUGUCUCUCAACAUUCUGCAGUAGGAAGACAGGGUGGAGAUGAUAAAAGCUAGGAGAUGUGGUUAGACAGACAUACAUUAUCAUAAACAUAUACAGACACCUACUCUUCCCUCCUUUCCUUUUCUCUCGCAGUCCCAAUAAUGAGCGGUUUCUCAUAAACACAAAAAAAAACACACACACUGAGACCCACCUGCUCACACACCCAGAAGCACACACAUACACACACAGAGCUAGUGCUAAGUAGACAGAGCGUGGCAGAGCUGUCAGUCACACUCAGUGGUCCAGACAGUGUAAAACAGGCCUGUGCUCUAUUCAGAUCCCAUGACAGCCAUCUGGAAACUACUCACUAUUGAAUAAUGCACCCCUGCAUUUCCCCAGUUUGAAUUCUGUGUGUGUGUACGUGUGUACGUGUGUGUGUCUAUUUAUAAAGCUAAUUAAUUAUGGAUAUGUGUGCUCUGCUGAACCUGCUCCCCGAUUUAACUCCCCAGCAGUGUCCCUAAGCAGCGGCUCCAAAGUGUAAUUGACUCUCUCUCUCUCUCUCUCGCUCUCUCUCUCUCUCUCUCUCUCUCUCUCUCUCUCUAUCUCUAUCUCCCACCUCUUUCUCUGUCUCGUACUCUCUGUCUUUUUCACCUACUCUCUUUUUGGUCUGUUUAUAUGUGUAAUAUAACUUACUUUGUUGAAUAAUGUGGUUGCUAGGACUAUAGUUUAUUUAUUUCGCUGUCCCUUUGUCUCUUUCUUGUUAAUUCGCUCCCCCAUCAUUACCUCCGACUCCAUGAAUGAAAUACGCUCUCUCUGCACAUUCCUGUGGGAUGACCACUGAUCACGCCAGCUGGGGCUUGCACACACGUGCACGCCACACAGAGACACACACACACACAUUUUCUCUCACUCACACAAUCCCCUGUGUGUGUCUAGGGGGCGGGAUGUUUUUGGUUUCUCCUGUAUGUCUGUGUUUUCUCCCUUUUCUCCUUGAGUCUACCCUUCUGCCCAGCCUCAGUGCUGGUUAAUUGUGUCUGAGGGGAAAUGCCGGGCCUCACGGCAAGGCUGUGUUGUCUCUGUCAGGCUGAAGAAAGGAUCCUAACGGUCUAAGACUUUGUUAAAUCACCAUUCAGUAUCAGUUAGAAACCCCCAUGCCCUAGGGCCUCCCUCCCUGUCAGUGGAGGCUGGUGGGAGGAGCUAUAGGAGGACGGGCUCAUUGUAAUGGCUGGAAUGGAAUCAAUGCAACGGCGUCAAACGUGGUUUUCGUAUGUUUGUGUUUAAUACUGUUCCAUUAAUUCCAUUCCAGCCAUUACAAUGAGCCCGUCCUCCUGUAGCUCCUCCCACCAGCCUCCUCUGCUCCCUGAACAGACAAACCUUACCUCUCUCCAUCCACCUGCCCUGUCAGAAACAGACAGACUGGAGGCCUUGGUCCCUGAUAAGACUUACCUUGGGGGAGAGUGGGGUUCCAUACCUUCCUCCUUCUCGUCCUAAUAACUGAUCUCAUAUGACUGGAAAGGAGAAAGGAACCUGUGCUAUUUUAAUGCCUAUUUAAUUGUGUUUGUGUCCUUGUUAAUUUCCUAGGAAAGAGAAUGUAGGAUGCAAGCUAAAAUAAUGUUCACAGUGCCUACAGUAGGAUCUGUCUCUGUGAAGUUUAGUUCAACAUCCCUCACCCUUCCCUGUGAAGGUGACCCUCUGGGUGGCUGUUCUCUAAUGAGGAGUCAGGGCCCAAAUGAGGAUAGAUGGCUGGGUGUCCCUGCCUACCUGGCCACUCUGCUCUCCCCCUGACCUCGGCAGCAGCACAGGGCUGGAGGGAUAUUGGAAAUCGACACGUCGGCUACAUUAAUGCCAUGGUCGGCUACAUUAAUCCCAUUUAGCCAGGAAUCAGAACGAGAGGGGAUACUUCUGCUUGUAGAUUUAAAAGGGAAAAUAGUACUAUAAAAAUAAUACUCCAGCAUGCAGGGCUGGUUCAUCUGUCGUAUGUGUGUCCGGAUAUUUGAAAUGUCACGAUUUAAAAGAUUAAAACAUGAAUCUUUCUUGAUUGAAUCUCAUGUUUGUCUCUGUGCUGUGUGUUUUUGUAUUCUAGUCGCUCCGGAUAAGCCUGUUUUCUCAUGUCAUGUGUGACUCUGUCUAAGUAUUUGUCAGUAUACAUUAGUGUGGGUCUCUCUAUCCAUGUUUGUUUGUACUUAUACAGGUAACUGCCAAAAUAAAGGAAACACCAACAUAAAGUGUCUUGAUAGGGCGUUGGGCCUCCACUGGCCAGAAGUUUCAAUGCACCUUGGCAUAGAGUCUAGAAGUGUCUGGAACUCUAUUGGAGGGAUGUGACACCAUUUUUCCAUGAGAAAUUCCAUUAUUUGGUGUUUUGUUGAUGGUGGUGGAAAAUGCUGUCUCAGGUGCCGCUCCAGAAUCUCCCAUAAUUGUUCGUUUGGGUUGAGAUCUGGUGACUGAGACAGCCCAUGGCAUAUGGUUUACAUCAUUUUCAUGCUCAUCAAACCAUUCAGUGACCACUUGUGCCCUGUGAUGGGGGCAUUGUCAUCCUAUGGGGGCAUAGCCAUGGGGGCCAAAAUAAUGGCCUGCCCAGCAUUUUUAUACAUGACCCUAAGCAUGAUGGGAUGUUAAUUGCUUAAUUAGCUCAGGAAUCACACCUGUGUGGAAACACCUAAUUUCAAUAUACUUUGUAUCCCUCAUUUACUCAAGUGUUUCCAUUAUUUUGGCAGUUAUCUGUUAAUUUUAAUACUGCAGAUACAUUUGAAUUGACUGUAUAUUUUAAUGUACUACAUGUAUAUUGAGGUGUCUUCUCUCCUCCUCAGGGAAUGGGGUGUCCUGGGGGGGGGAGGUGCCCCGGCAGAAGAGCCACACCUUCACCUGCCGCAUGCUGGUUAAGUUUGUCCACACCCUUGGACCUGUAGAGGAGGGGCAUGGAGGACCGCGCUACGAGACCAUGCAAUGCUUCGCCCUGACCCAGCCCAAGGCCAUGAUAGAAGAGGGGGAAGGUACGGACACACGGGCGCACACACAGACGCAGACACCGACACACACACACACACAGUAUGAUCCCAGAGUUAAUGUCUGUGUAUGUGUGUGUGUAGGUUAAGUCAUUAUUUCUCAUCCUCCUCCUCAGACCUGCAGUCGUGUAUGAUCUGUGUGGCCCGUCGUGUGACUGCUGUGGAGAGAACAGAGAGCUUCAACACCCGACACGAGCUCUCAGGUGAGACUGACAGCAACAUAGUUGACAGCAACAUAGUUGACUUAUCCCGCAAAUCUGGUUGCAUAGUUUGAUUUAAUAGGGCCUUGUGUGUACAAAAAGUGUACAAUAUCCUUUAAUAGGUAUAUACCAGGGUUGGACUCAAUUCCAUUUAAAUUCCAUUAAAUUCAGAAAGUAAACCCAAUUCCAAAUUGUCCUCAUUGAAAAGCAUUGGAAGAGAAUUGGAGAUGGAAUUUCAUUGUACUUCCUGAAUUGAAAUGGAAUUGACCCCAAACCUGGUAUAUACAUUUACAAAAAUGUGUACGAUAUCCUUUAAUAGGUAUAUACUAUCCAUGCUCAACAAUCUCCAUCUCGUCUCCUCUUCUGCCGUCCAGGUAAGCUGAUCCAGAUAGACCAGAACUCGCUGCGUGCGUCCAUGCGUCCUGGCUGGGAGGACCUGCUGAGGCGCUGUAUCCAGAUGUUUCUACAGCACAGUGACGGACAGCCCUGGUCCCACAAACGCCAUUACCACGAGGGUACGCCGCACACUCACCUGUACCAAUACACACAUCUGUUACACGCACAGUCGCACACAAAUUCCUGUCCCAAAACACACAUAUCUGUCCCAAAACACACAUGAAUGGCAUCACUAAGAGACAUUUCUGUCAUGAUACCACCGACCCUAUACCUCAUAUAUAUUUCACUUCCAUAUCUUCAUAUGAACCCAUUGUAUUGGCCCCCUCGUCCUUGGCCCACCAGCCUUCCUGCAGGGUCACGCUGAGACCCCCCUGUACCACUUCUCCCUGUCGGACGGCACCCCUGUCACAGCCCAGACCAAGAGCAAGCUCUACCGCCACCCCAUGAGCAAUGAACCCCAGGGCUUCAUCUCCACUCACCUGCUACAGAGGUACACACACACACCUGCUGCUAUGAGGUAGAAAAGAAGUUGCACACACCCUUUGCAAGAGACAGAAUACACACACACAGCUGAGGUAGCUGAUGCCUGCUGAUAUCCACAAUAUCCUCUCUGAGCUUAGCAGAUAGAUCUGAUUGCUUGUACAGUGGAGAAGGCCUACAUUUUUCAGUAAGAGGAAAAGGUAGAAUUAUUGUGCUUGACAACCACUUACAGUGGCUUGCGAAAGUAUUCACCCCCCCCUUGGCAUUUUUCCUAUUUAGUUGCGUUACAACCUGGAAUUAAAAUUGAUUUUUGGAGGGGGGUUUGUAUCAUUUGAUUUACACAACAUGCCUACCACUUUGAAGAUGCACAUUUUUUGGGGGGUGAAACAAAUAGGAAAUAAGACAAAAAAACAGAACUUGAGCGUGCAUAACUAAAAACAUCCCCACAGCAUGAUGCUGCCACCACCAUGCUUAACUGUGGGGAUGGUGUUCUCGGGGUGAUGAGAGGUGUUGGGUUUGCGCCAGACAUGGUGUUUUCCUUGAUGGCCAAAAAGCUCAAUUUUAGUUUCAUCUGACCAGAGUACCUUCUUCCAUAUGUUUGGGGAGUCUCCCACAUGGCUUUUGGCAAACACCAAAAGUGUUUGCUUAUUUUUUUCUUUAAGCAAUGGCUUUUUUCUGGCCACUCUUCUGUAAAGCCCAGCUCUGUGGAGUGUACGGCUUAAAGUGGUCCUAUGGACAGAUACUCCAAUCUCCGCUGUGGAGCUUUGCAGCUCCUUCGGGGUUAUCUUUCGUCUCUUUGUUGCCUCUCUGAUUAAUGCCCUCCUUGCCUGGUCUAUGAGUUUUGGUGGGCGGACCUCUCUUGGCAGGUUUGUUGUGGUGCCAUAUUCUUAUAUUUUUUUUAUAAUGGAUUUAAUGGUGCUCCGUGGGAUGUUCAAAGUUUCGGAUAUUUUUUUAGAACCCAACCCUGAUCUGUACUUUUCCACAACUUUGUCCCUGACCUGUUUGGAGAACUCUUUGGUCUUCAUGGUGCCGCUUGCUUGGUGGUGCCCCUUGCUUAGUGUUGUUGCAGACUCUGGGGCCUUUCAGAACAGGUGUGUGUGUAUAUAUAUAUAUAUAUAUAUAUAUAUAUAUAUAUAUAUACUGAGAUCAUGUGACAGAUCAUGUGACACUUAGAUUGCACACAGGUUAACUUUAUUUAACUGAUUAUGUGACUUCUGAAGGUAAUUGGUUGCACCAGAUCUUAUUUAGGGGCUUCAUAGCAAAGGGGGUGAAUACAUAUGCACGCACCACUUUUCCGUUAUUUAUUUUUUAGAAUGUUUUGAAAAAAGUAGAUAUUUUCAUUUCACUUCACCAAUUUGGACUAUUUUGUGUAUGUCCAUUACAUGAAAUCCAAAUAAAAAUCCAUUUAAAUUACAGGUUGUAAUGCAACAAAAUAGGAAAAACCCCAAGGGGGAUAAGUACCUUUUCAAGGCACUGUAAGUCUCUUAGAAGUAAGGUUUACAGGGUUUAGUAGUGAAUUGGAGAAUGCUUCAUUCUCAUUGUGAAUAGAUAGUCUUUAAAUACCUUUUUUCUGUAUUUAUGUCCUUCAGUUCCAUCUUCUGACUAUUCAAGAGACUCUUUUGCUAGACUUAAUCUGUGUUUACAAGAAUAAAGCGCCAAGGAUGUCAUGAUAACCGCACUUCCCUCACAUGCUCUUUUCUCCACCUUUUCCUUCUCUCCUCCUCAUCCUCUCUUCCAGGGAGCAGAAUGGCUAUCGCUCUGCCCAGAGUGGGAGCAUGAUGCCAGGGCCUAUGAGGCCGCAGGGCAUGGGGGGCCCUAACCCCAACGCCCAGAUGAACAUGCCCCCUGGCGGAGGGAUGGGGAUGGGGGGUAUGAACCGGGGCUAUGGUCCCAUGAAUGAACAGAGCCACAUGGGACAGAUGGGAGGGGGCUCAAUGUACGGAGGAAAUGGAGGUGGAGGUGGCGGAGGCGGGGGAGGCAUGGGCAACAGAAUGAUGCAGAUGAAUCAGAUGAACCAUAUGGGCCAGAUGAACCAAAUGAAUCAGAUGGGUCAUCAGAUGAACCACCCGGGUCCAGGGAACCACCCAGGCAUGCAGCACCCCCAGCACCCACAGCAGCCCCCCUUCCAGAGCAGUGGGGGGUACGGACUUGGGGGUAUGAACAGCCCCUUGGGGAGCCCCCGGAUGAGUGGCCCCCAGCAGGGGUUCCUGAUGUCCCCCCGAAAUCGAGGCAGCCCCAAGAUGGGCGCCAGUCAGUACUCUCCUGGAGGUACGUCAAUCAGGGGGUUCACUAUAUCUUUGCAUAGUUUUGCUGUGCUUCAUAAAACACAAGAUCAUCCAUUUUAAGUUUUUGAAAAAUGUUUAAUGUUUUGUUGUUUGUAGAAGUGUAGUACAGUUUCUAACAGUGAAUUAUGUUUCUUUCACAGGCAUGCACUCCCCCAUGGGUCCUCAUGGAGGAGGUGGUGCGGGAGGAGGUGGCACCUCCUUCUCUAGCAGCUCCCUCAACGCCCUGCAGGCCAUCAGCGAGGGGGUCGGGAGCUCCCUCCCCUCGACCCUCGCCUCCACCUCCCCGGCCCACAAACCAGACAGCUCCCCCAGCAUCCACUCCUCCUCUCAUUCCUCCCAGCCCAGCCAGCCGGCCAAACCAGGCCCGGACGGCUCCAAAAGCCCACCUGGGCCCGGUGAGCACCACCACCCCCUCCACCAUCACCACCACCACCACCCACACACCCAGGCCGAGAGCUGCGUAGACAGGUUGGACAGCCAGGCCACGGCAGGCAGCAAGGAGCCUGGAGAGGGGGCCAGUGAGGCUGGGGUGGCCAGCUCAGAACCCACCCGGAGAGUCCCAGACAGUAAGGGCCAUAAGAAGCUGCUGCAGCUGCUUACCUCCCCAACUGAGGAGCUGGGGUUAGGGGGAACUGGUCCGGCCUUGCCCUCUAUACCUCCCCCACCAGGCAGAAGCAACACCCCAGCAGGGUCCGACACUAAGGACCCCACAGGAGGCAUGACCAGCCCUUCCUCUACCGGAGUCUCCUCCUCUUCCUCUGCCUCCACCAAUCAGGGCCAGGCGUCAGGCCCAGGUGGCGCGGCUCUGGCCAAUGCUCUCGCAUCGGCCCACUACACGGCGUCGCUGCAGGAGAAGCACAAGAUCCUCCACAAGCUGUUGCAGAACAGCAACACGCCCGACGAGGUGGCCAAGAUCACGGCCGAGGCCACUGGGAAGGUGACCCUGGGAGGCCAGGAGGUCCCAGGGGAGACGGGGGCUGGGGGAGGAGGAGCAGGAGGAGUGACCGAGCCCAAGCAGGAGCAGCACAGCCCCAAGAAGGAGAAGACCCACGCGCUCCUCCACUACCUCCUCAACAAGGACGACACUAAAGAGCCAGUGGACGUGAAGCCCAAGCCUGAGGAGCUGGAAGGAAAGGGGCCCCCAGGAGCCACUGCCGGCCCCCCAUCCAGAGGUCCUGGACCCACCCCUGAACACCCAGAGAGCAAGAUCAAGUCAGAGCCGCCUGAUGAGGUAACCACACAGUGUGGUGGUCAGAUCGUUACAUUACUGGUAGAUUAUUACAAUUACAUAGUAUUCCUACUGAUAAGUAAGAUAUUGAUUGGGGCCCAUUGGCCUUCACUGUGAACAUUUUCAUUGCUCUAAAGUGCUUAACCUCCGUAGGUGGUGUACGUCUGAGUGUGAUACAGUGUUGUUGCUGAUACAUCUGUACCUAUCUUUUACCAGUUGGAGAACCUGGAGUCCAUCCUGGGAGGUCUGAGGGGUUCUGGCUCUGACUUCUACCCCGAGCAGGGAGGAGGAGGGGCUAACGAAGGAGGGAACAAGGCCCAGGGUUGCCUCGAUGACAACCUGCAAGGUAGGACCGGUCACAUUAAGCAACACACACACACAAACAUUUAAAAACAUUUUAGCCCUUGCCGCAUAGUAACUUCCACAGAGAGUCUGGACACCAGGCUAACAUGUACCUGUUCUAUCUGUUUUGUCCCUCUGUGUGUGUUCAGGGAGUCCGGGGAUGGCCCCUGGCCCACAAGGGCCCUUCCAGAGGGCCAUGUCAGUGGACGCCAAGCCCCCCGGGGGUCCUGGAGGGGCGGGGAGGCGCCCCUUGCUCAUCAAACAGGAGAAUAUGUUAGGCAGCCCAGAUGGAUACCCAGAGAACAUGGGUGUGUGUCCACGAGGCAUUGGAACAAGUAACUCAUUUAGUUAUUUCACUCUCUCAUUCUGUCUCUGUCAUUUAUGUCCUCUGUCUUGCUCCCCCCCUCACUACCUGUCUGUGUUUCAGUCAGUGCCAUUGAUGCUUUGUAAGAAAAAGCUCAUCUAGGUGUCUGUGUUUUGUGUCUCCCCAGGGCCGAUGAACAGGGGCAUGGGGGUUCCCCAGCGCUCUCCCAUGGGGGGGUCAGGGGAUUGGGGGAUGCCCCGCUCCAGCGCCAGCCCCGUGGGCUCAGCCGGUCACCCCUCUAUGAUCCGCCCUGGCAUGGACUACAACUCCAAAGGCAUGAUGGGAGGUCCCAUGAUGGGCAGGUCCAACAGUGUUCCUGGCACCAGAUCCAUGCUGCAGCAACAGCUGAUGGACUUGGGUACGUGUGAAUGCGUUAGUCCAUCAAAUGAACAUGGCUGAUGUAAUCUCUGUGUGUCUGUCUGUGUAUGCAUGUGUCUAUGUGUGUACUGUAUGUAGUCCGUAGUAUUGAUUCUGAGAGAUGGAAUAUCUGGUUAACAUGUGUUGUGUUGUGUGUGCAGGAUGUUCUGGUGAGAUGGGGAUGAGUCCGUUCAGUCAGCAGGGCCAGCCCAACCAAUCUCCCUCCUGGCCUGACAGUGUGAUGGGCAGGGAGGGCAACCACAACAGGUAAACUGGUCUUCCAUAAUAAUAUUUGUUCUAAUAUAUGAUUGGCAGCCAAUGCUAUCAUGUCAUACUUUUAAUUGUUCUCUGGGUGUGUGUUUCAGGCGUCAGUUUGGGAACGCCCUCGACGAGCUCCUUGCUCCGCCCACCACCAGCGAGGGCCAGAGUGACGAGCGGGCACUGCUGGACCAGCUGGACUCUCUGCUCAACAACACGGAUGGCAUCGCCCUGGAGGAGAUCGACCGAGCCCUGGGCAUCCCUGACUUGGUCAGCCAGGGCCAGGGGCCAGAGCAGCACGGUGAGCCCUUCCCUGGCCAGGACCCCUCCAUGGUGCUGGAGCAGAAGCCUCUGUACGGCCAGGGCUACCCCGGUCCCCCCUCCAUGGCCAUGCAGUCAGCCUACGGGGGGAGCCCCAUGCAGGGCCAGCCCCAACAGGGGAGCUUCGGCCCCAUGCUCUCCCAGAUGGGCCAGGGGGGCAGCUUCGCGGGGAUGGGGGCGAUGGGGGGUAUGGGUCACCCCCGCGCCAACAUGAUGAGACCCAGGAUGAUGAGCGCCACCAAACCCAUGAGGCUCCAGCUGCAGCAGAGAUUACAGGGCCAGCAGGUUAGAGACACACACACACACACACACACACACACACACACACAGAUAAACGCACACAGGACAUUAUGUUGACAGCUUUUUCCUUCCUCCCUCCCUCAGUUUAUGAGUCAGACUCGGCAGGGGAUGGCCAUGAAGAUGGAGAACCCUGGAGCGGGCAACCCUGGCAUGAGGCCGGGAAUGCAGCCUGGCAUGGGGGCACAGGUAGGCACUCCCCUCUCCUCCACAUAUAUACACACACACUCACAACUUAGCUUGUUGUACAUUACACACAGCCAGAACUCUAAAUACCCACACACUCACUACACCCCUUCCCUGUCCCCAGCCUGGCUUCCUGAAUGCCCAGAUGAUGGCCCAGCGUAGCAGGGAGAUGGUGACCAUGCAGAUGAGGAGACAGAGGAUGAUGAUGCUAAUGCAGCAACAACAGCAGCAGGCAGCAGCAGCCGCCGCCGGGGGGUUCAGCCCCCCUCCCAACGUCACCGCCCCCGCUGGCAUGGACACCCCCAUGGGAGGCCCCAACAUGGGCCAGCCGGGCCCCCAGCAGUUUGGCUACGGGGGAAACUACGGUGAGUUUGGGUUGGUUUGACCUGAAGGGCCACAGAGUGUUGCUGCUCCCUAGUGGUGGGUUUCUGUACUUGCAGUGGGACAUGGAAGUGUGUGUGUGGGUGGUGUGUAUGUUCCCAUGCCAUAGCUCAUAUAACAUGUUCCUUCAGGCAUGGCCCAGCAGGGUGACCCGUCGUUUGGCCCUGUGGGCGGCAGCCCCCCCAACACCAUGAUGCCAGGCCGCCUGGGUCCUCAGAAUCCCAUGAUGCAACAGCAUCCCCAGGGCGGACCCAUGUACCAGAGUGCCGAGAUGAAGGGCUGGUCGCAGGGAGGCAUGGCCCGCAACAGGUGUGUGUGUGUGUGUGUGUGUGUGUGUGUGUCUGAGUGAGUGAGAAAUAACCUAGAACAACCAGUGAACUAACUAACCCACCUCCUUCUCUCCCUGUCUCUCCAGUGUGUACCCCCAGCAGCAGUUUGCCCAACAGGGUAACCCGGGGCAGCAGCAGUUUGCCCAACAGGGUAACCCGGGGCAGCAGCAGUUUGCCCAACAGGGUAACCCGGGGCAGCAGCAGUUUGCCCAACAGGGUAACCCGGGGCAGCAGCAGUUUGCCCAACCGGGUAAUCCGGGGCAGUACGGGGGCAUUAUGAUGAACGGGGGCAUGCCUGCCAACGGAGGAGGGGGCCAUAUGGGCCAGAUGGGGAUGAGCCCCAUGGGGAUGGGACGUAUGCCGAUGGGGCCUGAUCAGGUACACAGCUGUUUAUAG